AUGGAGAGAAAAAGCUUCCUCGAUCAGGAGCCGCCGCCAGGUUAUAUCGCCGGUAUAGGCCGUGGAGCCACUGGGUUUACUACACAGGCGGAUCUGGGGGGCUCUCGACGGCUUCCUGCGGGCUCGUUUGCACCGGAGGACGACAACAACGAGGACGACGAAGAGAGAUUUCUAGACGCGGAUGAUGACGAUACAGGCCGCUUCGGCAGCAUCGGCGACGACGACGACGAAGCAGACCGGAUAUACGAUCAAAUUGAGGCCAAAUUGCAUCGGAAAAAGGCCAGGCCCAGGAAAAGAGUGUUGAAGGAUGCUCCGAAGGACGAAAACAAGGUCCAACCGCAGGAUAUCAGUAUUGGCCAGUCCAUCCGCACAAUCGGGGAGGAGUUCAAGGAGUACAAGGAGAAACUUUCGGAGGUUUCCGCCGAGGACUGGCUGAACCUGCCGGACUCUGGGGAUUUCACGAAACGGAAUAAAAGAGCACGCAAGGAGAUGCAGGAGCGCCAAAGAUUUUACAGAAACUCGGAUUUCGUGACGAGCGGACUACGCGAUGUGGGGAGCACAGGGGACCAGGCCCUUCUGGAUGAGAAGGACGUGGAUCUAACUGGGCUCUCUGUUGCGAAGGAAAAAGUGCUGGCCGGACAGCUAACGAGUCUCCGAGACGACAAGGCCGAGUCUGUGGACGCGGAGACAUAUUUGAGCCAGCUGCAAGAGGUUCCGGGCGAGAUCAGCACGGAAAUCGGGGACUACCACAAAACGCGGACACUUUUCGCCAAGAUGCGAGAGACUAAUCCAUACAAGCCAGACGCGUGGAUAGCCAGUGCGCGGCUUGAGUACGAGGCGAAAAAAUACAAGCGUGCGCGGGAACUGAUCCAGCAGGGCUGCGAGAAGUGUCCAAAGUCCGAGGAGGCGUGGCUGGUGAACAUCGAGAUGAACAAACAUGACGUUUCUGUGUGCAAGGUGAUCGUCGCCGAGGCGGUGCGAUACAACGCCAAGUCGGUGCGCUUGUGGCUCUGUGCUGCUUCUUUGGAAGCGGACAGUAUAUCUAAAAAGCGGAUUUUGCGAAAAGCUCUCGAGUUCCUGCCACGGAGCAGCGAGCUGUGGCUGGAAGUGGUGAAGUAUGAAGAUGACGAGACAAUGGCGCUGCGGAUGCUUCAGAAAGCGACAGAGUUGGUUCCUGGCAAUGUCUCGCUGUGGCUUGAGUACGCAAAGCGCGGGGACUCCAAGCAGAUUCUUGAACAGGCUUUGGAAAAGGUUGACUCUGCCGAUGCGCACAUCCUCUGGAUAGAAAUGGCCAAGGAGGAGGAGCAGCGGACUGGCAACGAGGUCAAAAUCGGCCGCAUUGUGGAAUCUUGCUUUGAACACACGUCUUUGGACAGAGAGACGUGGCUGGAUAUCGCGUCGCAGUGCGAAAAAGAUGGCUCUUCGCUGGUAGCCAGAGCCAUUGUGUUCAGCAGCAUGAACCUGGGCGUUUCUGACGACGACAAACUCGAUAUUUGGAAAGCUGACGCCUUGGAGAGGCCGCCUGAGAUAUCCAGAUCAAUAUACAUGUUCAUCACGUCAAACUUUCCGCAUGAUAUCGAAAGCUGGAUGAAUUUCAUCAAAAUGGAGAAAACACUCAAACAGUACGACCAGCUCUAUGUUGUUUAUCAGAUGGCCACUCGCGCAAAUCCAAAAUACGAGCUGUUCUACCUGAUGUACGCCAAAGACAAGUGGAAAGAGGACGGCGAUGUUGAGAAAGCAAAGGCAAUUAUUGCAGAGGCGCUGGAGGUGAACCCGGAAUCCGAGGAUCUCUGGUUUGCAGCACUAAAGCUGCGGUCUGGAGAAGAAGCAAGAGAGCUGUUUGCCAAGUGCAGAGAACUCCUCGGCGGAAAGACUGCUCGGGUGUGGCAUAAAAGUGUCACUUUUGAGAGACAGAACGAGAAUCGGGCAGCCGCCAAGAACCUUGCCGAGCAGGGCAUCCAGCACCAUCCAAAGGAGUCCAAACUGUACCUGCAAUGGGGCCAGAUUUUAGAGGAAGAAAACGAGCUGGCCGCGGCUGCAGAAAUAUACCACAAAGGAACGCUGAUGUGUCCAAAUAGACCGCUACUCUGGGUUCAUCUCGUUCGGGCAUACGAGAAGCUGGGCAAUCUGCUCAAAGCUCGCUCGAUUCUGGACCAGGCGGUGAUUUCCAAUCCGUUCAGUGACCAGAUCCAGCUGGAACGUGUGCUGCUGGAAGAAAGAGCACACAAUCGGUCCCAAGCCGAGCGCAUCCUGGCCACUGCUCUCAAAAAGCUUCCCAACUCUGCACUGCUGUGGCGCCAGAACAUCCUCUACGCAAGACCGUCGCACCGCAAGAACUUGUACACCACGGCUCUGAACUGCACCGACGACCACCCGAUGAUUAUUCUCACCAUUGCCAAAGAUAUGUGGCUUUCUGGCAAGAUUGCGCGCGCAAAGCAGUUUUUCGAUGCCUGCUACGAAAAGGACGCCGCCUAUGGCGACUACUACAUCCACUACUAUGCAUUUCUGAUGAAACAUGGCACGAAGGGUGAGAUUCAGGAGCUCGAGGCUCGCUUCACGGAAAACGAUCCGCACUCCGGCGAGGAGUGGUGUGCACUAAUGAAAGACGUCCAUAGGAAGGACACGGACUUGGAGUUGUUGAGAAAGGCAGCAGAGAGGGCAGCAGGGAAGACGUGA